UAUGGCCGUUUGCUUCGUUGUCGAAUGUUUGUAGGAACGCUUCCUUCCUUGUUUACAUUGUCCACGGUUAAAAUAUUUGACACUUUACGAGUCAAAUGUAUGGUGAACGUAUCGUUGUAAAGCGUACAAAUAUUUAUUUUAUAAUUAUAUGAUUGUGAUGUUUACUGUGUAAAAAUACUAAUCGCUGGGACCAUUGAUUCAAAUUCGAUAUUCAAAUAAAAGAUGUUCGAAAGUGAUGACUGGGAUCUAGAUCAGGACUUUUUAAAUGAUGUAGACAACAGAUCAAAUAAUAUUUCUUCUACAACCGAUAAUGACGAAAUAGAACCGAAGAAACGUAAAAUAGAAGUUUCUAAUGAUUCGGCUUUUUCAUCGCAUAAUAAUGUAAAUUGGGGCAAAGAAAAAUUUAGUAACGAAACUAUAACGCAACACAGUGACAAAGCGUUAAGAAAAAAUUUAAUACUUGGUGUGUUUAACAAGAGUACGUCAGAAAGUAAUCUAUCUAAAAAAUUAACUGAAAAUAGUUUAUUAAAAUCUCAGUUGAGUAAUACUCGAAGCAUAAGCAACAAUCAAUUAUCUAGAACAAAUAGCGUGCUUGAAAUACUUGGAAAAAAGAGUUCAAAAGAUAAAGUUACAGAUAAUAAUGUGGAAAAUUCAGAUUCUCGAAAUAACAAAGCAAAAAUUCAGGACAAAAGCAAUAUUUUCAUAAAACAACAAAAUAAUUCUAAAGAAAUCGCAUCUGAAAAUUCUAGGAAGGAGUUGUCGAAUAAUACGUUGAAGCAGUGUCGCACGAGUAACGUCGAAUUGAAAAAUAAAUGUACAUUAAAGACCCCGCAAGUUCAAUCCAAUAAAAAAAUGACACUGGUCAGAAGAUUUCCAGGACCAGCUGGCCUACUACCGGAUAAUAUAGACGUUAGCACGCUUCAGACUUCGUAUUUGAAUACUUUAAACGAAAGUGAAAGCACAAAAGAAUUUCCUAAAGCUGCUCUGACGGAAUAUUGUUCUCAAAACACAGAGAAUUUGUUUACAGAAGGUGCUUGGCAAUUGAUGUUGGAUGAUUUACCGGAUGGUUUUUUGAAAGGCAAAGAAAUUGCAACCGUUAAACAAAUGGCAAGCAUAAAUGGACACAGUUGCACAAAAGUUGAUUUUCUAGCAGGUAUAAUCGAAUGCAUAGAUUACAGCCGUGAUAAUCCGCUGAUCGUUUUAAAAGAUUUCACAGAUAAGAUGCCAGGAAUUGUUCAUAAAGAUAUACCGUACAAGUAUCCUGGCUUGCUGGAUUCGAAUGUCGUUAUAUUAUUACGCAAUGUAGGGUUAUUAAAGACUUCCGGAUCCUUUGUCUCUAAUAAGUAUCACAUUUUAAUCUCGCCGUCGAGUUUGUUGGCCAUUUAUUCAAACAAAGGUAAAAUAGAACGUACGCGUUACAUGGAGUCGAUCGUGCGAAAUGUCUACAAUGGAGAAGCGAUGGAAGAGAAGAAGGAUAUGGAAGAAGACGAGGUGUUUUUAAAUCGAAAUUCAGAGUCUAACGUAAAUUGUACCGUUGAAAACGAUUCGGACGAUGAAAUGUUGUCUCAGUUAGAUAUGGAGGCUAUUUGCAGCAAUGGAGGAUUAAUAUGAUAAUAAAAAGAAGCGACUCGUAGAACAAUUAGUCAGGUUCGCAACCCACGAGAAAAAUAGACAGCAGGAUUUCUGUAAAUACUCAUAAUAUUUUUUCAUGUUUG